AUGGCUCGACAUCGCAACACAAGGUCUUCCAGAGUAGUGAAGAGGGGAGGUUUAAAGAAAAAGAAAGGCCAAAAAUCGAAGAAGACAACCAAGCCAGCCAAGAAAAAUAUACCACCGAUCAAGACAGAGAGUGCUAGCAAAAGGCAGCAAUUAGUUAAAAAAGGAGACGUUAAAACGAAGACGGAACCCACACCACCCGCACCAGGCAGAAGCCUUCUGACAAGAGCUGCAGCAGCUCAAAUGAAUUUAGAGGGGACCGGGGUUCUUCAGAACCCUGAGUCCGUAGCUUGCAGUGGGUUCACGAUGACUCUCCGAAGAAGCUCUCUUACCAGGCGACUCUCCCAGUCGCCAGUGGAUGUAGCCAAACCUAAGAAAAUGGCACCUCCUAAGAAUUCAGGAAAGCAACAAAAGUGCGAUACUAAGGUGCUGACUCACACCAGAGUCAAGCGCUCAGCAAAAGGUUUGGUCCCAACCCAAGACCUCGUAGAUGGUCCCAACGCAGAGAAUCUAACUGACAUACAAAAUACUUCUUUAGUGACAGGGGAGAGCCAAGGAACAACCGAGUCCUGGCCCCAAAGUGCUGAGGAUUCCAAAGUAGAUGUUCCUACUCACAGUGACCCUGCAGCAGAGAGCCUUUCUGGGGCACUGGAAGGGACACUCGAUGAAGAACUACCCCCUGAAGAGACAUCAGAUGAUACCAGUGAUCCAUCUGGCAUAUUUGCUCAGGACACUCUGUAUGGUCCUUUGCUCCAAAGAGCAGCCCUCAAGGUUACCGCGGAGGAGAACAACAACAUUGAGGUAGAAGAGUUGGGUUCAAAAGUAGAAUGUCUUAAUCUAUCUGAUUCUAACCUGGAUCUCAUCCAAAGUGAAAGUGAUUGUUGCCCUACCUCUGGCUUUAAUAAGUUUAUAUCUGAAUCAGACCUUAGAGAGUGCUUGUCUGUGGGUGGGUCUGUAUAUCCUACCUCGUUAUUAAAAUUUAUCUUGGCCGACUCAGAAGAAGAAACCCCUGGUACUAAACCAGAUUGUAUGGAGGUAGUUGAAGCUACCCCAGAUCAGCAGGAAGUUCCUAACGACACCCCUGUCUCAGGACAGGCUGGGAGCGCUUCCCCGCAGCAGUGGGAAGCUUCUUGUGCUAGCCCAGUUCAUGGAGAGGCUCUGGAUGAGACCUCAGACCCACCAGAGACCUCUGGUGCUGAGUCCGUCCAAGGAGAGGUCUUUGAUGCUAUCCUAAAUCAGCAAACUCUUGGUACGAGUGGGGGUGCUACCUCAGACCCACCUGUCUUUAUUCCUGCUACUCUAAGCUCAGUUGCUCCCUGUAAUGCUCUCCCAGAAUGGCCUGCUACCCAAAACACUGUUUCAUACGUGCUCGGGCCCCAGGGCACUAUGCAGAUUCUGCCUUUGGGCUCAGGUUACAUUCCACAACCAUCAUCAGACUCAGAGAUAGAUUCAGGAGCUGCAAUAAUAGCUAUCAGCGAUAUAGAAAAUGAAAAGCCAAUACAUAUAGGCUUUCUAUCAGCUAACCCUCAGGGAUUUACAUUAGCCCCUGAGAGAGGACUCUGCCAUGCCUCACAGGGAACUGUCCAAUACUCCCAGGCUGGUCCCGACAAACCGGAAGAAGGGAGCUCCCAGAGCGACAUUGAAGUGGUGUCUAGGCCAGGGUCGUCUGCCAGUGCGUCCACUUCUGCCUGCACAACUUUGCCACCUACUUUGGAAAAGAAGAAACGAAAACCAUGUGGAGUCUGCGAGCCGUGCCAGCUGAAGAAAAACUGUGGUGAAUGUACUUACUGCCAGAACAGACAGUAUAGCCACCAGAUCUGUAAGAAGAGGAAAUGCGAGGAGUUGAAAAAAAGACCACGUGUCACUGUGCCUGUGAAGGUUAUAAAGGAAAACAAGAGGCCCCAGAGGGAAAAGAAGCCCAAAGUUUUAAAGGGAGAGUUUAACAACAAACCAGUAAAUGGCCCCAAGUCAGAUUCCAUGGAAUACAGUAGACAUGGUCAGGGGGAAAAAAGAAAAUUGGAAUUGAACGUACAUCCCCCUGAAAAUGUAACUGGGAAUGAAGAAGGUAUGACAGGCAUUGAAGUGGAGAAGUGGGCGCAGAACAAGAAAACACGUUUAACUGAUCAAGUCAAAAGAGAGGUUAAGGCCAUUGUGACAGAAGCUGAAAAACCGGAAACCUCUGAAGAUGACAGGAACACAGUCCUACUUACUGAACUCCUUGAACCUCAAGAAUUGUUUCCACAAGCUGUAAGAAAUGGCAUUAAAAAUGUAUACUAUUUACCAACUGAAACCAGUGUGUCUUUUCAAAAAUUCAACAUUGAAGAAUUUGGCAAGGCAUUUGAAAACAAUUCCUAUAAACUCCUGAAAGAUACUGCAAACCAUAACAAUGCCAUGAGCUCCAUUGCCACUACUGCAAGCUGUGAUCAUCUGAAGGGGAAGGGUAAUGCUUCCGUCUUCCAGAAGCCUGGCUGUACCUCCAAGACUUGUCCAGGUUCUGCAAACUUCUAUGUGUAUAGUCAUACCAGUACACCCAAUGAAAGUGAUCGACCAAAAUCUCUAGAAAAUUUACCAAGUGAAGAACCAAGACUUGAAUCUCCAGUUCAACCAAGUCUUCAAUUCCUAAUAAAAGACAGGAGAUUAACGCUAGAACAAGUGGUUGCUAUAGAAGCCUUGACUCAGCUUUCAGAAGCCCCUUCAGAAAAUUCCUCGCCAUCGAAGUCAGAGAAGGAUGAAGAAACAGGGCAGAAGACCACGAGUUUGCUUAAUAGCUGUAAAGCUAUCCUCUGUUCGGUGAGAGACGACCUCCAAGAACCAAAUUUACAAGGGGAGCCUCAAACCCUUAAUCAGUGUCCAUCUUUGGAAGAGCAAAGUUCAUUUAACACAGUGGUAUUCAAUGGCCAAAAUAUCAUUUCCAUGUCUAAUAGCAGCUCAGCUACUAACCAAGCAUCCACAAAGUCACAGGAAUACUCAACAGUGGAAAAUCCAAUAUUUCUUAUUAUACCAAAUUCAAAUUCAGCUAUAACUGACACCAAUAAAAGUGUAGCUCCAAGUAGAAUUGAUCUCCAGUUGCCAUCAACAAGUAGUAAACCAGGACUCUGCAACCAGUCACUGGGUGGAAGUGAAGAGCUGGACUCAAAGGACGAUCUGUUAUGUCAAGAUACAGUUCAUAGCAAAAUAGAGGAAGAUGUCGCAACACAGUUAACACAACUUGCAUCAAUAAUUAAAUGCAAUUACAUAAAACCAAAUGAAAAUAAUGUGGAAAGUACAACAACAAACCUUGUUGAAUGUAAUGUACAGCACACACACAGUCAGGAGAAGGGAACAAUGCAACAGAGAGCACCUUCCAAUGUACAAAAUAAUCAGAGCCCACCCCUAACAAAGCAGAAGAACACAACCCAGAAAAAGACAAAACCUGCCCCACCAAGAGAUCGGCGGAAAAAGAAGCCUGAAGCCGCAAGUUGUCAAGAAAAUGACCAGAAAAAGCAGGAACAGUUGUCAAACGAGUAUAGUAAGUUACAUGACAUUUGGGUGGCAUCUAAAUUUCAAAGAUUUGGUCAAUUUUGUACUCGUGAUUUUCCUGUUCUGUUGGGAACAAUUCCUUCUACAACCAAAGUAUGCAAACCACUGACUCAAACAAGCUCAGCAUCAGAAGAGAAAAAAUUAUUUCCUCCACUAGCUCAGAUAAAAUUUCAUCGAAACAAUCCUGAAUCACAACAGGAAACAACGAUGGUGGUUGAUUCAUUGGAUUCUCUCCCCGUAUCCCUAUUACAAACAGAAUCCAAUGGACAGUCGUUUACAGAAAAAGUUUAUACUUCUCAGGUACAGCCAACAGUGAAUGUCAAUCAGAAUGCUCAUCUUUUACUCCAGCCCUCCUCUCCAACUAAUCAGUGUGCUAAUGUGAUGGCUGACAAUGACCAAACACAGUUGCAGCAAGAUGUUAAUGACCAACUCAAUCCUCAGAGACUGCUAGUAUGGCCUGGCCCAUCUCAUAUGACCUUACUGGACCCAGUGCAAAUUCUCAGGAAUGUAAAUGUAGCAUAUUCAGGUGGAAUUGCAGUGGUUUCUACCAAAAGUGAUGAAGACGUCAGUUUAUCUAGUGCUGGAGCAUCAGAAUGUCCCCCAGUAGUCAAUGCACAGAAUAAUGGUCAUAAUUAUGCCAUGAACCUUUUUACUAAUUCUACAAAAAACCUGGUAUCCAAAACAAAAGAUACUGAAUUGCCGACCUGCAACUGUAUUGAUCGAGUUACACAAAAAGAAAAAGGCCCAUAUUAUACACACCUUGGGGCAGGACCAACUGUGGCUGCUGUCAGGGAAAUCAUGGAGAAUAGGUAUGGGGAAAAAGGAAAAGCAAUAAGGAUAGAAAAAAUAGUGUAUACCGGAAAAGAAGGGAAAAGCUCUCAUGGGUGCCCAGUCGCUAAGUGGGUUUUAAGAAGAAGCAGCGAGGAAGAGAAAGUUCUCUGUUUGGUUCAGCAGCGGCCAGGCCAUCAUUGUUCCACAGCUGUGAUUGUGGUACUCAUCAUGGUGUGGGAAGGCAUUCCUCUUCCCAUGGCAGACAGAUUGUAUACGGAGCUUACCGAAAACCUAAAGUCAUACAAUGGCCAUCCCACAGACCGGAGAUGCACUCUCAAUGAAAAUCGCACCUGCACAUGUCAAGGAAUUGAUCCAGAGACUUGUGGAGCUUCGUUCUCCUUUGGCUGUUCAUGGAGUAUGUAUUUCAAUGGCUGCAAAUUUGGUAGAAGCCCAAGCCCUAGAAGAUUUAGAAUUGAUCCAAGCUCUCCCUUACAUAGCUACUAUGAAAGAAUUACUAAAGGACGUUUUCCAGAAAGAAGAUACGUGAAACCGGAAGCAAUGUGUCCGGGACACGAGGCCAUGGAAAAAAACCUUGAAGAGAAUUUACAAAGUUUGGCCACAGAAUUAGCUCCAAUUUAUAAGCAGUAUGCUCCAGUUGCUUACCAGAACCAGGUGAAAUAUGAACAUGUCGCCCGAGAUUGUCGGCUUGGCAACAAAGAAGGUCGUCCUUUCUCUGGGGUCACUGCUUGCCUAGACUUCUGUGCUCAUCCCCACAGGGACAUUCACAACAUGAAUAAUGGAAGCACUGUGGUCUGUACUUUAACACGAGAAGAUAACCGCUCAUUUGGUGUUAUUCCUGAGGAUGAGCAGCUGCAUGUGCUACCCCUUUAUAAGCUUGCAGACACAGAUGAGUUUGGCUCAAGGGAAGGCAUGGAAGCAAAGAUCAAAUCUGGGGCUAUUGAGGUCCUCAAACCCUGCCCUAAGAAAAAAACCUGUUUCAGUCAGCCGGUUCCUCGAUGUGGGAAGAAAAGAGCAGCAGUGAUAACACAGGCCCUUGCACAUAAGCUAAGGGUUGUGGAGAAGAAAGUCAUUCCUCGAAACAAGCGGAAGAAUAAUUUGACAACGAACAACAGUAAGGCUUCAUCACCGUUGCUUUUAGGGAAUAAAACUGAGACCUUGCAACCUGAAACAAGUGAAACUGAACCCAAUUUUAUCUUCAAAGGUUCAGACAACAUUAAAACCUACUCACUGACCCCAUCCAUUCCUCAGCCAGUGAAAGAGGCAAACUUAACUCCAGGUUUCUCAUGUGCCCCUAAGACUGCUUCGAAUGAUGCAUCAGUUUCGAGCGAGUUUUCAGAAAGAGGUAGUGAUCCCCACUGCACAAUGCCGUCUGCAGGACCCAGUGGUGCUAGUGCUGCUGCUGGGGAAGGCGCUGGAAUCGCACAGCCUCAUGAAGCGAGUCCUCUUCCCACCUUGUCUACUCCCAUGUCAGAUUUCCGGGCUUGUGCUGAGCCUCCCACUGGUCCACCUGAGCAGCUAACUUCCAACCAGCCAAACCAGCAGCCCCCACUCAUCACCUCUCCUCCUGAACCUGCUUCCUCUGUGGUGGAAGAAGAUGAGCAGCAUUCUGAAGCAGAUGAGCCUCUGUCAGAUGACCCCCUGUCAGAUGACCCCCUGUCACCCGCUAAGGAGAAAUUUCCCCAAAUUGAGGAGUAUUGGUCAGAUAGUGAGCACAUCUUCUUGGAUGCCAACAUUGGUGGGGUGGCGAUAGCACCCACUCAUGGCUCUGUUUUGAUUGAGUGUGCCCGGCGAGAGCUUCACGCCACAACUCCGGUCAGACACCCAAACCGGAAUCGUCCUACACGCCUGUCCCUUGUCUUCUACCAGCACAAAAACCUAAAUGAGCCCCAACAUGGUUUUGAAUUAAACAAGAUUAAAUAUGAGGCUAAAGAAGCUAAGGAUAAAAAAAAAAAAAACUUCCCUGAGCUGAAAAAUUUAGCAGCUAAAAACGAGGGUCCUCAGCUUUUUCCUGAAUUUAAUGAAUUAAUCCUAAUUCCCUGUCAUAGAGUAGUAACAUUAACCCACGAUAAUAUUAUCACUAUGACCUGUUACACUGGCACAACUGUUGCAGGGCCCUAUAGCCACUGGGCCUGAAGGCUUUUCUUCUCUUUUUAAUGCCUUUGCUAGUGCAGUGUAUUUUUUCAAGGUGCUGUUAAAAGAAAGUCAUGUUGUCGUUUACUCUAUCUUCAUCUCACCCAUUUGAAGGCUGAGGUUUAAAAAAGGGUGGGUAUUUCUUAACUGUGACUAUAUUUUGACAAUUGGUAGAAGGUGCACAUUUUAAGCGAAAAUAAAAGUUUUAUAGUUUUAAAUACAUAAAGAAAUGUUUUGGGUAGGUGUUAAUCUUGAUAGAAUCACUCAGUUUGGUGCUUUAAAUUAAGUCUGUUUACUAUGAAACAAGAGUCAGUUUUAGAGGAUUUUAAUAGGUAAUGUGCUAUGAUGUAAAAUCAAGAUUCACAGUGUUAACUCUACACAGCUCCUGGUGCUUAACCACAUCAACACAGUUAAAAAUAAGCUGAAUUAUUAUUUCAUGGUGCCAUUGUUCCAACAUCUUCCAAUCAUUGCUAGAAAAUACGCAUAUUCCUUUGAAAUAAACCAAUGAAAUAUUUUCUCUCUUGAAGUUCUCUCUCCUGUAUAAAAUAAUUCAUUAUUGUUAGUAAUGGUUGGAGGCUGUUCAUAAAUUGUACAUAUAUAUUUUAAAAGCACUUUCUAUUUUUAAAAGUAACUUGAA